GUCUACUGUGAAUUAAGUGCAUCUUUCCAUAUUCUAGGCCGGAGGCACAGCAGAAGGCACCCUCAGCUCCUCCACCUCCCCCUCCACCUCCACCUAUACCUGAGCCAGCUCCUCCAGAGCCCGAGGAGGAGAUUUUGGGAUCAGACGAUGAGGAACAAGAAGACCCUGCUGACUACUGUAAAGGUGGCUACCAUCCUGUGAAAAUAGGCGAUCUUUUUAAUGGCCGAUACCAUGUGAUCAGGAAGCUAGGAUGGGGUCACUUUUCCACUGUUUGGCUCUGUUGGGAUAUGCAGGGGAAGAGGUUUGUUGCAAUGAAGGUAGUAAAAAGCGCACAACACUACACGGAGACUGCUUUGGAUGAAAUAAAGUUACUCAGAUGUGUGCGGGAAAGUGACCCUGGAGACCCCAAUAAAGACAUGGUGGUACAGUUAAUUGAUGAUUUUAAAAUAUCUGGAAUGAAUGGUAUUCACGUCUGUAUGGUAUUUGAAGUUCUUGGACAUCACUUAUUAAAAUGGAUAAUAAAAUCUAAUUAUCAGGGUCUUCCCAUUCGCUGUGUGAAAAGCAUUAUUCGCCAGGUCCUUCAGGGCUUGGACUAUCUGCAUAGCAAAUGUAAAAUUAUCCACACUGACAUAAAACCAGAAAACAUCCUGAUGUGUGUUGAUGAUGCCUAUGUCCGAAGAAUGGCAGCGGAAGCCACAGAAUGGCAGAAGGCUGGUGCACCACCUCCCUCUGGUUCUGCAGUGAGCACUGCUCCUCAACAGAAGCCUGUAAGUGUUCUGGUAAAAAUAAAAAUAAAAAAAUAAAAAAUAAAAAUUAAAAAAUAAAAAAUAUCAAAAAUAUUUGCAGUGGGAAUGACAGUUCCUUCUGUAUAAAUGAGAUGCAGAACCAACUGGAGCGGAAAAAAAACAGAAGAAAAUGAAAAUGAGCAGAAUGCUGAAAGCCAGCCAGAAGCCAAGCUGAAGUCAGUAUGUUUGGAAGAUGUGGCUGAUGAGGAACCAGCCAAUGAGUAUGCGGGUAACGUUUCCUCUGAAGGUGAAGAUCAUGAUGAAAAAGAAGACACAGAAAAAGAAAACAUUGAAAAAGAUGAUGAUGCAGACCCAGAGCUUGUUAACACAGACCCAGCAUGGAUUGAGUCUCCGAAAACUAAUGGCCAUUUAGAGAAUGGGCCAUUCUCUCUGGAACAGCCAUUAGAUGAUGAAGAUGAAGAGGAUGAAGACUGCCCCAACCCAGAAGACUUUAACUUAGAUGAGUCAAAUGCAGAAAGUGAUUGCACAUACAGUAGCUCUUAUGAACAGUUUAACAGUGAAUUGCCAAAUGGACAACAUAAGAAUACAGAAUUACAGUUCUCUGAAUUUUCUUCUGCAAUGUUUUCUGGACCUUUGGAGUCUGUGGAAUCUGGGUUGGCAGCUUCUGAGGAUUCUACAUUAAUAGAGAGAGAUGAAAAUAGCUCUUGCCAAGAUAGGAGCAGAACGGUUUCUGCAUCAAGUACUGGAGAUAUGCCAAAAAGU